AUGCUUAUCGUUGUGCUAUACAUUUCAAAUAACCACCCAGUGAACGCUCAUAUUGAGUCCUGCUGCCGGAAUCGUGGUGUUUCGGAUGCCUGCUCACACGCUUUGUGUCGCCUCGAAUCGCCACCCGGCGACAUCGAACGCUAUACGAUCUUUGAGGCCCGCACUGGUUGCGCACAUUAUUUGACAGAAAUCGCUGAAUGUCUCGUCGAUGGUCGAGAUUCGUCCGAAUGCUGUCGCACGACAGCGAUUCAAGCUGAAGAGAACUCCUGCCUAGCAAUUUGUCGCGGAUCAUCGCACGGCGUUAACCGGUGGGUCAGAUACCAAUCAUGCCUGGCGAUCAAUCUUCCCUCAAUGUAUACCUGCAUUCUCCGCAGUCACUCUAACACACCGACUCCACCUCAACUCCUGAAGGUGAUUUCAAAGUCCAGCACAUCGGCCCACAUCCAGUGGAGUGCCCCUGCAAAGUACCCAGAACUUGUGCACAUCUACAAAGUGCACGUUACUGAUACGUUGGACGCUCUACACGAGGAAGUUAUUCACUCGACGAAACUACUUUCGAUAAAUCUGACCAAUCUUCGGCCAGAAGGCAAGUAUGCUAUAUUCGUCGUGGCACACUCAUCAGAUCUAUCCAGAAAAUCUACACCAUCCGAUAUUCUGCACAUUAGCACGUCAACAAUUAACCACCAAGAUGGUGUCAGCUAUUCCUCCACAGUGCAGCUCCCCUACGAUGCUACAAAGGUGACACUACCAUGCCGUCUACGGAUGGGCGUUGGUGCAAAAAUGCACAUGGUGUGGGAGAAGAGGAUCGGUUCCUCCCAUCGUAAGGUCGAGGGCAAUCGGUUCAAGGUCACUACAUAUGCAUCCGAAGACGGAACUGGUGUAUUAGUAUCGGCUCUGGAUAUUCGCUCACUUGAAAGGUCCGACUUUGGUAUGUACAAAUGUCAUGUACGUGGACACAGCAACGAUUACGGCGAGGUCCAUUUGGUGGCGCAUUCGCAUGCCAUUGGACGCCCACCUCUCAGCCCACCAGAAACACCAUUGGAAUGUUGUUCACGAGCAGUAUUUAGAGCACAUUGCCACUCUGUAUGCCACGUCGGCAGUGAUAGAAAACGAGGUCUCAAACCUGGUAACUUUUUGCCACAAUAUCGGUGCCUUGAUGAAUUCCAAAGUUUACUACGUUGUACGCUUAGUGAAAUGAAUAGUGCAGCAUGCUGCAUCCGGAAAAAGGUACCAUAUCACUGCCUCGGAAUGUGUGACAGCAAUUAUGAGCUGACAACUCUAAAUGGUUACAACUGUCUGGAACAUGAAAGUCACGUUCGCCAAUGUCAAAUUGAGGCUAUCAAUUUACGUCCAGAAGCGGUCUCAGAUCUUCAUAUAAGAACUGAGGUUGAUACGACUGUACUGAAUUGGGAACACAGCGACAAGGCCGAGGUGAAAGAAUGGUUCCAUUAA